AUGUCUGAACGUAAAUCUAUUAACAAAUAUUAUCCACCAGAUUAUAAUCCCUUAGAGGCCGAAAAGGCCGCCAGAAAGUUAUCCAAAAGAUUAAAGAAUGCUAAUAAAGAUAUUACUACAAUUAGGUUAAUGACACCAUUUAGUAUGCGUUGUAAUAAAUGUGAAACGUUUAUUCCAAAGAGUCGGAAGUUCAAUGGUAAGAAAGAAUUGUUGACUGAGCGAUACUUGAACAACAUUAAGAUCUUUAGAUUGACUAUUCGAUGUCCAUUAUGUUCACAACCGAUCUUGUUUCGUACUGAUCCAAAGAGUGCAGAUUAUGUAAUGGAAGCAGGUGCAGUUAGAAAUUUUGUGAAGAAGUCUGAUAUCAUUGGUGAUGACAAAACGGAGAGUGUCGACGAGACGUUGGAGAGGCUGACUCGUGAACAGGAAGAAGAUGAGAAGGAGAAAGAACGGUUAGCUAAUAGAGAUAUUACAAAUAUAGAUGGGGGAAGGAAGAGUCAUACAAAUAACGGGGAGGAUAAGAUGGUUGCAUUAGAGGAACGUUUAGUGAAGAUUCAAAACGAACAAGAAAAUGCAGAGGAAAUAGAGAGACUCCGGAAACAAAAUUAUGAAAGAAUGAAUAGGGCAGAAGAGACGUUUGCAAGGAUUACAAGUGUUCAAGACAAACAAACCGCAUCAGAAGUGGACGAAGCUGAUGAGGAGGAUAUUGAUAUAGAUGGAUUAGCUGACGAAGCCUUUAAACGUAAUAUGAAUACGAAUAUCAUUGAGGAUAAACCGUCAUUGUCAGCGGGACCAAUCGAAUUGGAUAGACUUGAACAACUCGAUGUGAAACGAUUCGUAGUUAAGAAAAAGAAGAAGAUGAAGAAGAAGAAGACACAAUUGAAACUAGGGUCGGGGAGUUUUACGAACUGA